AAGAUUACAAUAUAGUAAACUAUGAGUUCAGUUCGAGUGUUAUUACAAAAUUUAAGGGACUUAAAUGAGAAACUUUCAUUUCAUGGGCUAUUUGAAACUCAAGUGAAGCCCAGCCCACAACAUAAGGCCCAAAGUUUUAAGCAAAUCAAAAGGGGAAAAGGAUAAACCCUAACGCACACUUCCAUCGAUUCGAGUAGCAAAUGGGGAUUCUAUCGUAUUUCACCGGAAGCUCUAAACCUUCUCAGCCAGAGACGACGAAGACGGAGAUAAUCCAAACGCCGGCUCCGGGGAUGAACGGAGCCAUCGAAGUUCCUCGUCCCGAUCGCGCGACGGUUUUCGAGUUCGGAUCCGUGGCGGCUACAGGAGACAGAGUCACUCUCGCUGGAUACUGCCCCGUUUCCGACGAUCUCGAGCCUUGCCGCUGGGAGAUUCUCCCCGCCGACGGGAAAGACGCGCCGCAGUUUCGCGUCGUCUUCUGAUGAUGAAGAAUCUGAGCUUCUUCAUCUAUGGAUUGAGUUUCUAGAAGGAUGUAAUUUUGAAAUUGUAUUGGUUUGGUUAUGUCAUGUUAAUGUACCAAUUUAAACCGAACUAAUUGGUUAAGAAUCAUAAAACAAAAUGAAAAAUUGGUUUCGGAUUGGAUAACAAAUCUUAACUAUUUCCCAGGUUGUAUUUCUCAUAUUAAAAUAAGCUUCUCUCAACGCUAGUUA